AUGAGCAAAGAACAACCCCACGAGCUCCAGGAGCAGCAGCAGCAGCCGCACCAGCUGUCUCCGGACCAGGCCCAGCAGUACCAGCAGCAGCAGUAUCAGCAGCAGCAGCCUAUCCCGACCCAAGAUGCCGCCGCCGAACACCAUCCCCCGAGCUACGAACAAUCCAAUGCCGCUCCCGUCGGCCAACCGCCUGCCAACGCGGCGCCAGCGCAGGCCGCCCGGAAAGUCGUGCCCCUGCACCAGCUCGCCGACACGCCGCAAUCAGUCGACUGCCCCUUCUGCCACAAGCGCACCAAGACGGUCGUGAAGAAAGAAGGCGGCAGCAUGCAAUUCAUCGUCGGCGGCGUUCUCUGCCUCGUCUGCAUCUGCCUGACCUGCCUGCCCUGCAUGCUCCACUGGUUCGAGGACACGGACUGGUUCUGCUCGGAAUGCAAUAACAAGAUUGCGAUGCGCCGGAACGAGGGCGCCAUUCAAGUAUUGGGGCCGACGCAGGUCGUGGCCUCGCAGUACGGCCAGGAGCAGCAGAUGCAGAAUCCACAGCAGCAGCAGCAGCAGCCUCAGGUGGCUCCCAGUCAGAAUGUGCAGCAAUCUGGGCUCCAGCAUGCAGAUGUUUCGCAACACGAAAUCCAAUCACAACCCCUGCAGACACAAACACAGCCGCCCGCGGAUGUCAAGAACUAG